AUGUCUAUUUGGUGGAAUCUCCAUCUAUGCUGCGUUGUAGCUUUGCAUGUGUCGCUACACGUAAUAGCGCAACUUCAGCACAUAGAAACAGAUAUCGCAUCAAAUACAACACCAUCGAGCCUUAAAGUUGGACGUAUAAGGUUCGAGCGUGGUCCCUUUUAUUCCGAAAUUGGAGAAGUUGACGGCGCAUUCGCAUUCCGUACAAGCAACCUGCAACUUAAACUGACCCCUGAAACAUUCCAGUUCUUGGCAAAAUUGAAGUUUGAUGGGAAAAUAACAGUAGAAAAAGUCACAUCAGGUGAUGUUAGACAAUGGGUAUUGUGGAAGAUGGACCUGUUUGGCCCGAACCAGCCUAACGAAUGGAUGCCCGGGGAUAUAUCGCGUUGCGGGAGAUCGGCUGACUAUUUCCUAGGCGGCCCUUGCAAACUCUCGAAAGGACGUGUUAAUAGGUUCUAUUUCAACAUCCCCAGUCAUUCGGAAAUCAGAAUAACAGGGCGUGUUCACUUUUUUGACCGCUGGGAAGAAUCGCAUAACUGGUGUCGUACACUGAGUAACACGGAAUGCGUGAAGUAUGGCAUUGACAGUUGUGGGCAGGAGUAUCCUGACCGCCUUUCGGUGCACUACGACAUCUCUAUCCCUCAUAAGAAUGCCACAAUGGCACUGGAGUUUAACAGUACUUUGGACAGUGAACCCUGUCAAUCAUCUUGGGGCAUAGAUGAUGUCGCCUUAUUUUUAAGGUUGUCCUCACCUGAACAUUUUUAA